GAUUCGACGCGAGUCUCCUGCGCGCAGCUAGCUCUGGCUGGGUCGCGCUGCUCGCUCCAUCUUGAGUAGAAUAUUAGCUUGUGAACGGUGUGUAUAUAAUUGUGCGUUAAAAAUCCAAUGUUUAUAGUUUAAAGUGUCUAGUAAUAAUUCAAGAAAUGUCUUCGAAUAACUCUCAGAAGCUAUCGACCACGCAACGCAUGAUAACAGCCGUUCCCUUUCCAAUAAGCCAUAAGUUAACCAUAGCCGAAGUAUUCGAUGCGCGGACGGGCAAGCCGCGGCCGGAUACGCUCAAACAGCAUUUUAUCUUGGAAGGUCGAAUCGAUGAAUCGGCCGCACUCAAGAUCAUCAAUGAAGGUGCUAAUCUUCUGAAGUCGGAAAAGACUAUGAUCGAUAUCGAAGCUCCGGUUACAGUAUGCGGGGAUAUUCACGGACAGUUUUAUGACCUCAUGAAAUUAUUCGAAGUCGGGGGUCCUCCAUCUAGUACAAAAUACCUAUUUCUCGGUGAUUAUGUGGAUAGAGGAUAUUUUAGUAUAGAGUGCGUGCUGUACCUGUGGGCGCUUAAGCUUUGUCACCCAACGACGCUGUUCCUUCUUCGUGGCAAUCACGAAUGUCGUCACCUUACAGAAUAUUUUACAUUCAAACAAGAAUGUAAAAUUAAAUAUUCAGAGCGGGUAUAUGACGCGUGUAUGGACGCUUUCGACUGCCUGCCCCUCGCAGCCCUAAUGAACCAGCAAUUUCUUUGUGUUCACGGCGGACUCUCACCAGAAAUACAUAAUUUAGAUGAUAUUCGAAAGUUAGACAGAUUUAAGGAACCGCCGGCGUUCGGUCCAAUGUGUGAUCUUCUCUGGUCAGAUCCUCUUGAGGAUUUUGGCAACGAAAAUAACGCGGAACACUUCUCAAACAACACCGUAAGAGGCUGCUCAUAUUUUUACAGCUACGCUGCCUGUUGCGACUUCCUACAAAAUAAUAAUUUAUUAUCAAUAAUUAGGGCGCACGAAGCACAAGAUGCCGGUUACCGAAUGUACAGGAAAAGUCAAACCACUGGUUUCCCAUCACUCAUAACAAUAUUCUCCGCACCUAACUAUUUGGAUGUCUAUAAUAACAAGGCAGCCGUGCUGAAAUACGAGAACAAUGUGAUGAACAUUCGUCAGUUCAACUGUUCGCCGCAUCCAUACUGGCUGCCAAAUUUCAUGGACGUCUUCACGUGGUCGUUGCCAUUCGUGGGCGAGAAAGUCACGGAAAUGCUCGUCAAUGUACUCAACAUUUGCUCGGAUGACGAGUUGGUCUCCGAGGGUGACGAUGCUCUUGAAGAAGCGAAACAGGCAAAAAUUGUUAUUAAAAAACCUGCAAAUCUGCGAAAAGAAGUUAUCCGUAACAAGAUCAGGGCUAUUGGCAAGAUGGCUCGAGUAUUCUCCGUUUUGAGGGAGGAGAGCGAAUCUGUACUUCAGCUUAAAGGUCUGACACCGACCGGCGCUUUGCCCCUGGGCGCUCUAUCAGGCGGCAAGACUAGUCUAAAGAAUGCUUUGCAAGGUUUCUCGCCGAACCACAAGAUCACGAGCUUCGCCGAGGCGAAAGGUUUGGACGCCAUCAACGAGCGCAUGCCGCCCCGAAAGGACGCUCCCUUAUCUCCUGCUGACGAAGCGCCACAGGACCAUAAUCACACCCAGUCUAACGCGCACUCGUGAGCUGAACUUAACUAGAUGCAGCAUCGCAUUGUCGUCCACAGUUGAGCAACCAUUUCGACAAUUGUAAGUGCAUUUCCAAGCCCGACAUAUGAACUUGUCAUCCGUAGCGAUUGCAUGCAGCAAUCGGUAAUUCGGCUAGAUGUAAUAAUAUUAACUUAUUUUCCGGUUGCCUCUCGUCAACUUUACUUUCUGGCAGCGAAAAUUGUUGAGUGAGCUGCUCGAUGCGGUCGUCCGUUCACCAAAAAAACCACUCCCUCUACUCUACAUGUUAUUAUUAAUAUACUUAAUACAUAAAUUGAAAAAAAAAACAAAAACAAUUCAUCUUAAAAUAAUUAGGCUUCUAGGCGACGUUUAAUUAACAUUAUACAUAAAAAAACUAUUAAAUGAACGCAAAGCAAAAGUAACGUUGCGAAAAAGCAAGACAACAUUUAACAGCGGGGACGGCAGGCUCGUCACACAAGUAACACUUUAUUUAUCUUUGUGUCAAGAUGAUAUAUAACAGCAAAUAUCUAUUGAUAUAUGAAAUGCAUUACACGCAUAUGCAUUAACUAUUAUACUGACGUCUGAUCGACCACAAAACAAAAAACAUCUUUCUUCAAGUAGCUGGUCUGCUUUCUUUCCUUCCCGAUGAUAAUAUAUACAUAUAGUAAUAUAAAUUGCAAACAAACAAAAAUUUCAAGUGUGUACUAUAUUAUUAUACUUAUUAUUAAUGAUAAUUAAAAUAUAUCGAACUUAAUGAAAUAUCUUCUUCGAUGAAAUCCCACGACUGACAAUCAAUCAAUAUUAUCAGCAUUAACGUAGGUGUACUCACGUUCUCUGAGAAGUCGUUUCGACGCAACACGCUGUAUCUUUAAUGUGAACGCGCAAUUGUUCUUUAUUAAUAAAUUUUGGUGUUAAUAUCGGAUCAUUGACGGAGCGCAACCAUCAAGAGUAUAAAAUAUUCAAUGCAUUCACUGAGAGAAACGAUGAUUAUUGGCUGAUUGUGCAGUCGUAGGGAUGAUUGUUCGUAAAACAGGACUUCUUUAACAUAUUUAACGUUAUUAAAUGAUAAGCAAACAAAAAUAAAUAAGACGGUUACAAUGCACGAGUGAUAAAAAAAGCGUGCCAUACCACUUAAUCUAUUAUACAUAUUAUACAUAAACACGAUUAAAAUGUCGACGUGUACGUCACAUUCAUUGUUAUUAAAUAUCAUUAUCAUUACAUGAUACCAUCCUAUCUUAUACACAUUGAUACACACUCUUCUCAUGCGCCACUUCAUCCAUCCACAUUAGCCACAUUCUCAUCCUUAUAUCGUCUUAUUACGUCAUGCAACACUUAAUUAUAUUUAAAGAAAAACAAACCAUAAUGAAAAUCUAUAUUAUAAAGUACUAAUGAAAUGCAUAUUCAUUCAUGCAUUAUUUAUGAUAAAAAUACAAACGUGAAAAAGCUAAGAAAAAAAUGCAAAUCACAUUUUUUGUCUGUGUGUGUUAAAAUUAAUUUAAAUAUACAUUAAAUUUAUAAAAGUAAAACUAUAUGAAUAAGAUUAUGAAGAAAUGAACUUAUUAAUUAAUUAUCUACUAAUGAAAUUAAACAAACAACCAUUGGAUUAAACUUAAUGAAAACUUUAAGAAAAUGGAUAAAUGGAUAUUGCUAAUAAUAAUAAUGAAAUAUAAUUCGUAAUUAUAAUAAACGAUUAAAAAUGACAUGAAAAGAUGGUGACGACUCUGAUCACAAUGAUAAGAUGUCAAUGUUGACAACAAACGAAUAGCAAAUGCAUACAUAUUCCACAGUUCUUUUUCACUCUCGACUCUCUCCUCUCGUUGCCUAGCCUAUCUAUUCAAUUCGAGCGAUUACAUUACGUUAUGAGACACACAAGGAAGACACAAACCUUGAAUAGCUUUAUCAGAAUUGCCGAUAUUGAAUGAACGAGAGCUGGUGAAACAAAUCGAGUCUCUCCCUCUGUUUAACUAUAUCAAACUAUCUACAUAUACUUAAUUCAUUAAGCGUUAUCUAUUCAUAUAUUGAAUUAAAUAUAAUAAUUAAUGAUACCUUAAAUAACACAUCUUUGUUACUACGUGCUGUACUUAUAUUUUUUCAUUGUACAAAAUGCAAUUAAGCAAACCGAGUAAUAGUUAAAGAUUAACAAUGACAAAAUGAAAUUAUGAUAAGAUGGUUGAUGAUUGAAUUGUGUUAUGUACAUUUUUAAAUGGUUAUUGUUUAUUUAUAAAUUUGUUUUUUCUUUCUUUAUACUCAAAAUAUCAAUUACCGUUCAACUUGAUCCUUACGAUACAAAUAAUUCUAUUCAAUGUGUAAAUUAUGUCGAUUUAAUUGGAAAUAAAAUGUUGAUUUCAAUGUUUGUUUGUAGUUGUUCAAUGACAUGUGUUUGUGUUUUACGUUUGCGUUGGAUCUUGAAAUCUUUAUUUCUGUUAAUAUUUAUUUUAUUUAUUUAGCUUAGUUUACAUAUUAUUGCGGUAGUUAGGCGAAUACUUAUUGUAUGCGGUUAAUAUUUAUUUUGUUUUUUGUACGAUUAUUGAGCGAUAUGUGUUUUGAUUCAUGUGGAAUUGAUAUUUUGAGUAAAAUCAAUUCGAAACUUUAAGUAAGCGUUUAUUUGCGUGAAUGUGUUGCCUCUUGAUGAUUUUGUUUAGUGUACUGCGUGUCUGUUACGAAUUGUUUUUCAUCUAAACCGAUUUAAAAAGGACUUGAAUAAAUCAAAUAAAUAAUGCAAAACUUAACGAAAUAUACACUAAUAUUUUAAGUUAUGCUACGACUUUGAAACUCCCCGAAUUAAAAAGGACAUAAGCGUAAGGAGGGCAAUACACACAAUAAACAAACAAGAAACAACUAAUUAUUGUAACAUUUAUCUAUUACACUUAUUACUCUCUACAAUUUAUUAUGGUUAUUAUGGAAAUUCUGUAAAUUGAUUCUAUAAUAUAUUCAUGAAAAUUA